AGUACAAAGAGCGAAGGGCAGGCUUGACCCGGAGCUGGGAUCCAGCCUGGCCCGCUUGGUGUCGGAGCCGAGCCACUCAGCUGAACUCCUUUGCUUCCCGCUGCGCAGAAUUCCGGGGAACGUCCGCCAGCCAUGAGCCGGCGGGACUAAAAGCCGGCGACUGGGAGUAGCGCGGGCGAGCGGAGCAAAGGCUUAGACCCGGACUACGGAAGUGGUCCCCCGGCCGCCGGAGCUGCCGAUCGGGGCCCGACGAUGAUCCGGGGCGUGGAGUCGGCAAUGGCUGACAACCCGCCGCAGCCGCAGCCCGUCAUCUUCUGCCACGACUCCCCGAAGCGGGUGCUAGUGUCGGUCAUCAGGACGACUCCGAUCAAGCCCACGUGCGGCAGUGGAGGGGAGCCAGAGCCGCCACCGCCGCUCAUCCCCACUAGCCCGGGCUUCAGCGACUUCAUGGUGUACCCGUGGCGUUGGGGCGAGAACGCGCACAACGUGACGCUCAGCCCCGGGGCCUCGGGGGGCGCUGCCUCGGCAGCCUCGCCGGCCGCCGCCGCCGAACACCCGGGGCUUCGGGGCCGGGGCGCGCCCCCACCCGCCGCCUCGGGGGGUGAGGACGAGGAAGAAGCGAGCAGCCCUGACAGCAGCCACCUCAAGGAUGGAAUCCGACGUGGUAGACCCAGAGCGGAUACUGUCAGGGAUUUAAUCAAUGAAGGAGAGCAUUCAUCCAGCAGAAUCCGUUGUAACAUUUGUAAUAGGGUGUUUCCACGGGAGAAAUCACUGCAGGCCCACAAAAGGACUCAUACAGGUGAGAGACCAUAUAUGUGUGACUAUCCAGACUGUGGAAAAGCCUUUGUUCAAAGCGGGCAGCUCAAAACUCAUCAACGUCUUCACACCGGAGAGAAACCUUUUGUCUGUUCAGAAAAUGGCUGCCUAAGCAGAUUCACCCAUGCAAACCGCCACUGUCCGAAGCACCCUUAUGCCAGGCUGAAGAGAGAGGAGCUCACAGACACACUCAGUAAGCACCAGGCUGCGGACAACAAGGCUGCCGCUGCGUGGUUGGCAAAGUAUUGGGAAACGAGAGAGCAGCGGACCCCUACCCUGAAAGGCAAGCUCGCUCAGAAGGCUGACCAGGAGCAGCAAGACCCUCUGGAGUAUCUUCAGUCUGACGAAGAGGAGGAUGACAAGGAGACGAGCGGGGCCCAACGGCGGUUGCAGGAGCAGAGGGAGCGCCUGCACGGAGCCCUGGCUCUCAUCGAGCUCGCCAACCUGACUGGGGCGCCGCUCCGCCAGUAGCCGGAAUACUGACUUUUCCACUGUACAGAAGUACUGCCCAUCGGACUUCAAAAGUAGAUCCUUGGGCAUAAGCUAAAGCACCUUAUUUGCUUUUCAUAGGCUGCUAUUCCGUAGAAAUGUAUGAAGAAUGUCAUUGCCCUAAAAUAUGGGGUGAGAAAGAAUUGCA